AUCAGCCAUGUGCAGCAGCAGCAGCAGCAGCAGCAAGCCCGCCAAAGCCACCAAAAGGACGUGGUAUACAAAGAGCAAGACUGUCCCCCUGCCGAUCACCACGUUUUGUUGAUCAUCCCCAUCGACCAGUCCAACCUUCUCCCCACGUUCCUCUCAACACUUCACUUCUCCCCAGGAUGCUGCAAACCCUCCUCGUGGCCGGGAUAGUCGGCCUCACAGCUGCUCUGCCUGCACCACAGAAUAUUGAGUUUGCUGCAGUUGAUGCCUUGCCGCCUCCCACUCGACUCGGUGCCCCCAAUGCUGCCUCUGUCGCCUUCGAGAUCCCUACCUAUACACCCAGCACAGUCACAGUAGAUGCUUCAGCCGCAUCGAAGAAGCGUACCCUCACGGCACGAGAUGCGUGCGAUGCUCGUCCACUCGGCCAAGGAAUCCCCAAUACCUAUCCCGACGACGCCGAAGAUUUCGUCAACAAUCCCCAGUAUAGCAACCUCGCAGUCGACUCCUACGUGCCACAGGGCUACGAGCUCGUGUUUCAGAACUUGAAUGCUGCUACCCAGCAAAGCGGCUAUCUUGGCUUUUAUACCCUCAAUGGGUACGACACUAUUGCCUGCCGCCAGCAAUGUGACGCGACGGCCACCUGCACUGCUUUCAACACGUACAUCGAACGUGAUCCUGUCGUCGAGCCGGGUGAUGGCUGCUCGAAUCCUAAUAGCACUGCUGUGGCCAAGUGCGCGUUGUACGGUCUGCCGAUUUCAGCAGACACUGCCACCAACAGUGGACAAUUCCAGGAAGAUUUCCAGAUCGUGAUUGCUGGUUCCAAUGGCUACGUCAAAAACUCCCCUCCACCCAGCUGCGACGCCUUCACCGGCCCCGUCGCCCUCCCAGCAGCCAUCUUCGUCCCCGACGGCACGAGCUAUAUCGGCAGCCAAAUCUUCUCGGGACCCUUCGACCCCUCGCAAUGCGCCUCCGCCAGCACCUCUCACAACACCUACUGGCAAUCCGCCACACCUGCCAACGGGACCUAUGACCCCGUCAACUUCUUUGUGGCGUAUGUUGUGAGCAAGAAUAACAAUCCUUUGGGAACGUAUUGUACGCUGUAUUCGCAGACGUGGAAUAGUAGUUAUGCGACGAAUUUGGGUCAGUUUGAUGGCGAGGGGAAUUAUUAUGAUGUUUCGCAGGCUUAUGCGUAUACGUUGGCGGUGUGGGAUAAUGGGGUUCCGUCGGGGCAGGAUGAUUAG